AUGGCGAUGAUCAAGGCCAGCUUCACCGAACACUAUCCCAUCGAGCUGCACUACGUCAAAGCCCUCUUCGGCCAGGGCCAAUAUCGACAGUGCAUCCAGGCAUGUCGCGACAUCAUCCAGCUCCAGCCGCUGCACGAGAACGUCCAGGAACAGCCGCUGCGCGCAACUUUCAUCAGCUUCUACCUCGGCCUCUGCCAUGAUCAGAUUGCUCGUGUCAUGCAUCAUCACUCGGUCGCCAAGCUGCCUGCCUUCACCGCAGCAGAGCAGUUCUACCUCGAGGCUAUAGGCGCCCUACCAACAGCGGAGCACGUUCAAUCUCUCUGCACACGCCUAGCCGCCAUCAGAGAAAAUGAUCCUUUCCGGGACCACAGCUCUCAAAACUCUCCGGCAGAGCCACCAGAUCGUCUCCCUCGACCGCCGUCAUUUCCGGCUUCAUCCCUGGCAAGCUCGUCACCGCUCUCUCCGCCGUCUCUGCCGAAAGACAGACGCUCAAUGCUGUCGCCCAAGAGUUGCCAGUCCGAUUUGGAGGACCUCGAGAGCCAUGCUAGCUUCUCCGAAAUCAUGACGCCGAGCCGCAUGCCACCGAGACAGUCCUCGAGGAUCUCCUUUCUCGGCCGCCCAGAUUCGAGCCGACAACUUCCACGAGACAUCUCCCGCAUGUCACUACUUGAGGAUACCAGUGCUCCAAAGCGCUUGUCACGCGACAUCUCCCGAAUGUCAUUGCUGGGACCACAUCCAGAGCCGAGACGGAUGCAGAGAGAAGCUUCCAUGACUCAAGGCCUCUUGCGCCCCAUCAGACCAGGUUCGCCGACCCGACAACCCUCCUCACACUCCUACUCACGGACAGUAGCAAAGCCGCAGCCCAAGCUACCAAAGAUUGCCACGCGGGCAAAGACAGCACCGCACCUGGGAGCUGUAUUCGAGAACAGCCCUCCCAAUAACUGGCGCACUUCACCAGUCUCUCCCGUCUCACCCACCAACUGGCGCACCUCGCCAGUCUCUCCCGUCUCACGUGCCGACUCACCCCUCCACUUCUCAGACGCGUCCACAACCUCGGCGCUUUCCCCUCAGACACCAGUCAAGAACUCUCCCUCCCGCCCUGCAUCCCCGACCUUCUCCGACAUCGACGGUAACGACACCAACAGCUUCGACGAAAGCAAGUGCCUCCGGAUCCUCGACCACACCCGAGACUUACGCCUUCAACUUCAUUUCCACGUCGCGUGCGUGCAGCAAAUCAUCGCCCAACUCCAGGCCGAGCAAGCCGACCGCAUGGGCAAUCGCCUCGCUGCACCCACAGACAAGCACUUCAGCAGCCCGAUUCAGCCGGCAUCCGCCCCCGCCGCGAAGCCACCGGGUGGCAUCCAACAAGCCAGAAGCUACUGGUCCUUCGUCCCGGAAGAUCUCAAAGUCACCGCGAAGCAGAUUCGAAUCUACGAGGGUAGGACUCGGCGGUGGGAGAGGAAGAGAUUCGAUCCGACGAGGUAUCGGGAUCUGUGUGAGAAGGCUCUGGCGGAGUUGUAA